ACGUGUAACCAACCACACGCCGUCCCCUCCAUCCCCAAAGCCAUUGCUGCUCCCCACUCUGGCGGGGGGGGGGGGGGACACAGGCCGACAUGGAUGCCCGGAAAGAGGGGCUGCCCCGAAAUGCGCGAUUCUCAGCCCAACAGCCACGCCUGCUCAGCCUGACCCCCUUCUUUAUCGCCUGCGCUGCUUACUUCCUCCUCCGGGUCCCGGACGACCCGCCCUCCUGGGUCGGCGCGCUGGUCAAGUGCCUGCCCGUGCUGACCCUGGCUGGCUUCCUGCGGACCUGCUCUGGCGGGGACUGCAGCGCUGUCCUGCAGGUGGCCCUGCUGUUCUCUGCCCUCGGGGACAUCUGUCUCGUCUGGCCCCAGGCCUUCCUCUGUGGUGUCCUCGCCUUCAGCCAGGCCCAGCUGCUCUACACCUGGGUCUUCGGCCUCAGGCCCCUGCGGCUGGGCCUCCUGCUGCCCGUCCUCCUGGUCUCCCUCCCGUUCUCCGGCUUCCUCCUGUCGCGUCUCCAGCCCGACAUGGCCCUGCCUCUGGCGGCCUACGGCCUGGCCCUGAGCACCACGCUGUGGCGGGGGCUGGCCAGAGGCGGGAGGGCCCGCUGGGGCGCCACGCUCUUCGCCAUCUCGGACGCCGUGCUGGCCUGGGACACCUUCGUCCAGCCCCUGGCCCACGGCCGCCUGCUGGUCAUGGCCACCUACUACGCCGCGCAGAUGUUCAUCGCCCUGUCGGCCUUCCAGGGCCCCAGGCUCAAGACCCACUGACCGAGGGCCCACACGGCACGCCCCCCCCCCCAGUCCAUCUGCUCCCCUCCUGCAAGGACCUGGGCCUCCCAGCCAGACCCGGAUGGGGGAACGCCCUCCAGGGCCGAAGCCAGCCUGCCAGCCUCCGUCUGCAGAGGCUUCUGUCCACCGGAAUGCCGAACCAUUGUCAGAACUCCGGAUCCACCGAGUUCCGAACACCUUCCCUGGAUUCUGAUUCCAGGUUCCAGGCCCUCAGUCAGAUCCUCGCUGGGCCCCGCCCAAGCCCCCGCCUGCCCCUGUGACCACAGGCGGCCUCCCGUGUCCACCGGCCCCCUGCCCUCUGGCCCCAGUUACUCAUUUGUUAUCUGAGUAAAGGGGACGUUGAAAUGA